GUAAGCAUUUGCCGUGGUGCGGGGGUAUCUCUAAUCAUAUUCAGCAUGUUUUGCACAAGAAAUGUCAGCCAGAAAGGGCUAUCGGCUCCCUUCGCCAAAUUAUUCCACAACAAUGUCAUGCUCAGAGAGCCCGGCUGCAAACUCUUUUUUGGUAGACUCCUUGAUCAGCUCAGGCAGAGGGGAAGGAGGAGGAGGAGGAGGCGGAGGAGGAGGAGGCGGCGGCGGCUACUAUCCCAACAGUAGUGUCUUUUUGCCACAGGCGUCCGAUUUGUCCUAUGGGCUGCAAAGCUGCGGACUUUUCCCAGUUUUGAGCAAACGCAAUGAAGGUGCUGCUCAAAGCAUGGUCCCCACUUCUCAUCCCUACAUGUCAGGGAUGGAGGUCUGGCUAGAGCCCCCAAGGUCCUGUCGCCUGGAAGAGCCUGAAAGCCAGCAGGCUACCUCCUGCUCUUUUGCUCAAAACAUUAAAGAGGAGAACUCUUACUGCCUCUAUGAUUCAGACAAAUGUCCUAAAGGUGCAGCUGCCACAGAUCUAUCUACUUUUCCAAGGCUAAACGCUGAGGUCUGUCCCAUGAGCAACGCUAGUGGGGUUCCUGUCCCAGGCUACUUCCGCUUGUCUCAAGCUUAUGGCACUUCCAAGAGCUACAAUGCUGGGCAAGUUGUUGCUUCCCAGUUCACACCGCAGCCCCAAGUUCGUUUUGAUGCGGCUCCAUCUUUGCCUUCAGUCCCAACAGAAGCGGGGAGGACAGAGACCGAGGAGGCUUCCCCCAACACCUUGGCUUGCGUCUCCCAGAGGGAGGAAGACGCUCAGGCUUCGCCUUCGACCGCAGAAGAACUCUCCCCAGCUCCGUCAGAAAGCAGCAAACACUCUCCUGAGAAAGAACCCAUAGGCAAUUCAAAAGGAGAAAAUGCAGCAAACUGGCUAACCGCAAAAAGUGGCAGAAAGAAACGAUGCCCCUAUACCAAGCACCAAACUCUGGAGCUGGAAAAGGAGUUUCUAUUCAAUAUGUACCUGACUCGUGAGCGUCGCCUAGAGAUCAGCCGCACAGUCCACCUAACAGACAGACAAGUUAAAAUCUGGUUUCAGAACCGCAGAAUGAAACUGAAGAAAAUGAACAGAGAGAAUAGAAUUCGGGAACUCACAGCCAACUUUAAUUUUUCUUGAUAAACCUAUUAACACAUUUUUUUUAUGGUUUAAAGAGCCAGUAUCAUUUUCCUAGGCUUUAGUAAUCUGCACCUGUAUGGAUUAAGGAUUUUAUACAUUCUCAGUGUGUCCAUAACUUCUUUAUAGCUAUUUCUGGGGGGGUGGGGGGGAGCCAUAAUGAUGCAUAAAAUUCUGUGUGUGUGCCGCCCUUGUUCCAUUACAAUUGCCUUGAUGUUAUUUGCUUCUCUAACCAUGAAACAGAGACAUAUGAGUUCAAGAGCUGCAAAUAUUUUUUUCCACUUGAAAAAGUAAGCAAACCCCGUUAAAGGCGAGUUUCAAUUUUAAACAAUAAAGGGUAUAUGUGGACCGUGUGUAGCUUAAUAACGAAAAACUGAAGCCUUACCAUAGUUCUAUGUAAAGGGACUUAAACUCCCCCCCCCCCCAAAUGGCAGGAGUUCCAAUAAUUAAAUGCAGGCAUACUUUAAAAGAAGGGCUUCGGGGGAACUGGUGUUAGGCUCUGUUUUCUUUUUCUUUUCCUUUAACGUAACAACCAGUAUCUGAAGCUUUAAAAUUGGCUAGGAAAAUGAGACGUCUUCUCUUUAAGGAUAUAAAAGAUCUCGUGUUGCUUAUGGACUAAAUUAUUACACUUACCUCUGAAUUUCACCCACUCUGUCUGGUGUAGAUAUUGAC